CCGUGCAAAAAAAAAAAAAAAACAGAAAUGCUACACGCAACGGCACUGAUGAGGUGCCUCCGUGCCGCCUCCUACUCCUGCCACACCUACUCCUGCUUUGCCUCCGUCUCUGCUGCCUCCUCCACGCAAACGCACACAUAUCGACUGCUUAAAUUCAACCGGCAUUUGGCAAACACAAGCAUAACACAGCCCAAGGGGAUCAUAAACGAGGGCGAGGAGACCGCCACCACAGCCGGUCCGAAGACAAAGACUGGAUUCGCGGGGGGCGUGAAAACGCUGCCCUUGAUCGAUGAGCCACUGGAGACGUCGGCCGCCAUGUCGCCGGGUCGAACGCGUGCGUUGCGCAAGAAGCGACUGGCAAUCGAUGAGCUGUCGGCGCUGGGCUUCCUCAAUACACGUGGCUACACCACGGCCGAUGAGUACAAACUGGAGGAGUUGCACGAGGCACUCAAGCAACAGAAUCUGUACGAAACGAAACGUUUCUUCUCCACCGACAAUCUGGGCGUGGAGCAGAAUGUCCUCUAUGUGACGGCCAAAUAUCCGAUCGGAUCACAGCCACGCGAGAUCUUCUUCUUUCGUGAGGGAUCCGUUGUGUUCUGGAAUUGCAACGACAUCGAAACGAACAAUGUGCUCAAUUUCUUGCGCAGCUACGAGCGUGAAUCCUAUGUGAGUGCCUUGGUCCAUGGUGAGUGCGAGGUGAUGCCCUACACAUACAUUGCCCCGACGGCGAUCGAUGUGGAGGGUGAUCUGGUGGCGGACAGCAGCGAUUUGAAUGUCGCCUCGCGUGCUUUCUUCCAAAAUGGUAAAUUCUUUGUUACGCCCGAUAGCGAUAAUUUCCUGUAUAAGUAUACAUUCUCCAAUGCCAUUGCCCAAUCCAUAAAGUUGGGCAUUUGGGAGGCGACACUGGAUCGUUAUAUUGAUUCCAUGGAGUAUCUGACAGAGGAUUUGAAACGUGGCCGACGAUUGCGCAUCUCGCGUGCCUCGAUGCUCCGCAAAACGGGCGAAUUGUUUGCCUUAAGGCAUUCGAUCAAUUUGUCAUCGGACCUGCUGGAUGCGCCCGAUUUCUACUGGGAUCGCGAGGAGCUGGAGGGACUCUAUCUGCAGGUGUGCUCCUAUUUUAGCAUCACACGCCGCACCAAGGUCAUGAACGAGAAGAUCAAUCAUUGUGUCGAACUGGCCGAGCUGGUGUCCCACAAUCUCAACGAUGCCCAUCACAUUCGGCUCGAGUGGAUGAUCAUCAUCCUGAUUAUGGUCGAGGUGGGAUUCGAAAUAUUGCAUUUUGCCGACGGUGCAUUGCAUAAGAGCGAUCCAUCCCUCCACGCCAGUCCCUUUCCCAUAACAGAAAGUACAGAGAUGUACAAAUAGAUAAAUAUGUAUUUGCAUUCGUUUUCUUUUUUUUUCUAUUAAAGUGGCUAAAUUGUUUCAAUCACUUAUA